CAGGUCCCUGCUGUGGUCAGUGGCAAAAGCUGGCUCCACUCUAGCCAGCCGGCUGCGCUUUCCAGAGCCCCACAGACCAUUGUGCCUCCACUGUGUGCAUACUGGGCCACGGGACAGAGUAAGUACAGAACCAGGGGCAGUCACCAUGCAGCUCUGCCUCCUCUUGUGCCUGGUGCUCCUCAGCCCACAGGUGGUCAGCCGCCACCACCUGCGUAACCGGGUUGCAAAGAAGAAAGUCAGGGAGCUGCCCGUCGUCACCCCGGCGCCUCCUGGUCACAGGGACUUUAUCUUCGAGCUCUUCAGGGCCUUAGUGGCAGCUGGUCCUGACCAGAACAUCUUCUUCUCCCCUCUGAGCAUUGCCAUGACCUUGGGCAUGAUCUCCCUGGGGGCUCGUUCCAACACCAAGGCACAGAUCCUGGAGGGCCUGUGCUUCGACUUCCAGUGCAACCCGGAGGAGCUGCUGCACAAAACCUUCCAUCAGCUGCUGCAGGAGCUCAACGGGCCCAAAGAGGACCUUCAGCUGAGCCUCGGCAAUGCCCUGUUCGUCAAUCCCACCGUGGACAUCCAGGAUACCUUCCUGAGCGCCAUGAGGACGCUGUACCUGGCCGACAGUUUCCCCACCGACUUUAAGGACCCUGAAGCGGCCAAGAAGCAGAUCAAUGAUUACGUGGCAAAGCAAACGAAAGGCAGGAUCGUGGACUUGGUGAAGAAGCUCGACAGCGACGGAUUCAUGGUCUUGGUGAAUUACAUCUUCUUUAAAGCUAAGUGGCAGACAAACUUCGACCCCAAAAGCACCAAAGAGCAGGACUUCCAUGUGACAUCAGAGAGGGUGGUGCCGGUGCCUAUGAUGAAACGCGAGGAUCAGUAUUUAUACCUCGUGGACAGAAACCUCUUCUGCAAUGUGGUGGGGGUCCCCUACCAAGGGAAUGCCACCGCCUUCUUCAUUCUCCCCAAUGAGGGCAAGAUGGGGCAGCUGGAGGCUGGCCUGAACAAAGAGACGCUGAGGAAGUGGAUCAAGAUGCUCACAAAGAGCACUCUCCAGCUUUACCUUCCCAAGUUCUCCAUUGAGGGCUCCUAUCAGCUGGAUAAAGUCCUCCCCAAGCUGGGGAUCACAGACAUCUUUACCUCCGACGCUGACCUGACCGGACUCAGCAACAAACCCAAUAUCCAGGUGUCUGAGAUGGUACACAAAGCCGUGAUAGAGGUGGAUGAGUCGGGGACCAAAGCGGCUGCAGCCACGGACGUAUCCAUCAUGUUUAGGUCGGUCGCUUUUGGCUCCCCAAUGUUGGUGUUCGACAGGCCCUUUCUGAUGGUCAUUGUGGAGAACGCCGAGAACAUCCUGUUCCUUGCCAAAGUGAUGCACCCCUGAGGUGGGGAUUUCUCCCGAAAGGCCACAGACCUCCACAGCAUGGCGACCAUCUAUCUCCUGAGAGCUAGUGAUCUGUACAGGUUUAGUCGACUAAUAAGACUUUCACAAAUAAUCAUAGUAAUAGUGUUAUACUGAUGAUUGCUGCCUUUCACACAAUUGUAAGACACAGGUGCCUUGAAGAACCUUGGAGGACAUUCAGUCUUGCCCUCACCUUUCAUGAGUGGAGAUGAGCACCGAGGCCCAGAGAGUUUGGUUGACUUGCUCAAGGUCACACAGCAUGUUGGUGGCAUAGAGAAACCCAGGAUCCAGGUCUCUGAUUCCCACACCAGUGCCACAAAGCUCUACAAGAAGGUGGUUCUGUAGACAUUUCUACCAGGAAGUGUAUUUCCAAGCCUAGUCCCCCACUUGUCCACAAUAUCAACUAUAAAUUCAUCAUGGUUUGGAAAGAACAGUGGAAUGGGAGUCUGGAAUGGGGCUUCUGUCCCAGCUAACCAGCUGUGUGACAUCACGGUGAUACUGUCCUUCUCUGGACUCCACCAUAGAUACAUGAAAGGAUCAGGUCAAGGACUGAAGGAUCCUUAAAAUCAUAUAAAAAGGUUGGGGUGUUACCUGCCAAUCACAGUUGAUUUUAAUAUAUUCAGGUGCCACUCAUCCUUUAAGAAAAGCAAGUGGACAACAGGGUGGAAAUGGCCCAUCACAGGACUGUACCAUCCGGUAGACGAAGUUAGUUUCAUGGGCUUGGCUGGCAGUGGGCGAAUGGAGGCCUGGAGACUAUCAACUGAAGACACUGGCAACUACCUGUGAAUUUUAGUGUCCGCCAUAACAAUAAAGCGUUUUGCAAACA